AUGAGCAGCUGCAGCAGCUUCACCAGCUUCUACGAGACUUGGUUCGAGCAGCUCCACCACCUCGUCCACCAGCUCUCCACAUGUCCCAGACGCCCCACCACCCCCGACCACCACCACCACCUCCUCCACGUCGUCCAGAAAGUCAUGUCCCACUACGACGAGUACUACCGCGUCAAGGCCCGCGCUACCGAGCGCGACGCCCUCGCCGUCUUCGUCGCCCCGUGGGCCACCACCCUCGAGCGCUCCCUCCACUGGAUCGCCGGCUGGCGCCCCACUACCGCCUUCCACCUCGUCUACUCCGAGUCCUCCAUCCACUUCGAGGCCCACAUCGUCGACAUCCUCCGCGGUUUUUGCACCGGAGACCUCGGGGACCUCUCCCCUUCCCAGUUCCGCCGCGUCAGCGAACUCCAAUGCGAAACUGUGAAGGAGGAGAAUGCGAUAUCGGAGGAGUUGUCGGAGUGGCAAGAGGGGGCGAGUGAGCUGAUGGGGGCAUGCACGAAUCUGGAUAUGAAGAUGGGUCGGCUGGUGAGCGUGUUGAAGAAGGCGGAUGAUCUGAGGCUGAGAACGGUGAGGAAGGUGGUGGAGUUGCUGACACCACAGCAGGCUGUGGAGUUUUUGAUUGCUGCUGCUGAGUUGCAGUUUGGGGUCCGUGGCUGGGGAAUGAAUCAGGACCGUCAACGUGGGAAUGUCUGA